AUGAAUAACAAUCAAAUACUAACUCGUCAAAAUCAUCAAAUCGAUGUAAUAUGUGUGGGAAAUAGAAAAGUUGGUAAAUCUGAAUUUUUAAAAAAAUAUUGCCAAGAAACCAUCAAUCCAGAAUUUAAAUUCCAAAGUAUUGUAAAGAAUGACAAAUAUUUUAAAUUUAGGUUUUAUGAUGUUGAGGAAUUUUAUCCUCAAUUAAAUAGAUAUUUAGGCGCAAUAUUUGUAUAUGAUAUAACAGAUCCUCAAUCAUUUGAAGAUAUAAAAUCAUAUUAUUACAAACAUUAUUUAAGAUCAAGAAAAGAUAACCUAUAUGUAAAAAACAAUAAAGAUUCAAACGAUGAAUAUAAAGAAGACUACAACCAAAAGAAUCAUCAAUUAAACCAAAAUAUAGACGAUAAUGAUAGUAAUAAUAAUGACAACAUAGACAAUAGAAUGGACGAAUUGUUCUUUAAAGUAUUUAGGAAUCUAUAUAUAAGAAAUCUUAUAUUCCAGUAUGUAAAAAAAAGAGAUAUAAUAGUAAAGUUUUUAAUUGGUACAAAACUAGAUUUAAAAAACAAAAACAAAAUCUAUAAAGAUAACGGUGAAAGUGACACUGAUGAUAUUAAAAUAGAGAUCAAUUCAAGAGAUAGUACAACAAACCAGAGAUUAAACAAAAAAAAUAAAAACAAUAAUUAUAUCGAUAGUGAUUCAACUAGUAACUAUGUAUCAAAUGAAUGUGCUAAAGAGUUUGCUGAAAAGAUAGGAGCUAAAUUUUAUGAAGUAUCAUCGGUCGAAAAUUUAGUUCAAAUAGAUCAAAUAUUUGAAGAAUUAAUAGAAUUGCUGACUAAAAGAUAUGAAGUGUAUGGGAGUGUGGACAAAAGAGAAUCUUCAUCAGUUGUACCACAGUCCAUUUUAAGAAGUAGAAAUAACCUUUCAUCGUAUUAUUUUAAAAGAAAAUGUAUAAUAAACUAA